AUGGGCUCGUCAAAAGGCGGAACCACGGGCUUGAAUAAGACUCCAAAGAUCAGAUCUGGAGCAGCCCGACGAAGACAAUGGGCCCCAAAAGUACGCACCGGCUGCAUGACCUGCAAAAUACGCCGUGUCAAGUGCGAUGAGACCAAGCCAGACUGCCGAAGAUGUCUGUCAACUGGUCGCAAAUGCGAUGGUUACGAAGACGCUGAACUUUCUCCUCCAAGUCAUCGAGAGUCCGACAUACCAGGCUCUCAGACCACUCAGUUGGUAGUUCCAUAUAGAGACUCGGCACAUCAUCUAUUGUCGACACCGUCGACUCAGCAUCUGCUUCCGGGCAAUGAGACAGAGAAUCAGUAUUUCGACUUCUUUCGAUUAGUCACUACAUCUAAUCUAGCCAAUUCAUUCGAUUUUGGGUUUUGGUCCUAUAAUAUUUUGCAGGCGUCGCAUCAAUACCCAGCUUUGUUCCACGCUACAACGGCUUUCGGUAGCAUACAUCGCGCUUUUUUAAGUGACACUACCCCAGCUACUGUCCCCCGCAAACACACUGAAAAGAAUGUCGAGUUUGCUCUGAGACAGUUCAACAAAUCCAUCCGGUCUUUAUCCAAAUUAUUGUCACAACGAACGUAUACAUUCUUGGAUCAGCAGGUAGUUUUGACGACAUGCAUUUUAUUCUCCUGUCUCUGUAUUCUACAGGGUCGACAGUCACAGGCAUUCAUGCAUGUAAACAACGGCCUCAAGAUGCUCUAUGAAUGGAGACUAAAUGAUCGAAGUCUGCCUCGAUCCGGGUCUAGGGGUGUCGUAAUUGAUAUGCUGAUGCUGGUGUUCACUCGUCUUGACACCCAGAUCCGACCCUACCUAAUUGGUCAGGAGGCUGUUCUUAAAUGGACGGAGGCUCCAGUCAUUCCACCACCAACAAACAUUCCAUUUCUUUCUCUUCUUGAAGCCUACGUUGAUCUGGAAGUGAUUUUUAACCACGCAAUGCGACUGAUAAUGAAUAAAGACUUCCACAAACCUAUGCGACCUGCUUAUAUCGUGGAUCAAAAGGAAUUAAUUUCUUGUCAAUUAUCAGACUGGGACACCCGACUUGCUGAUUUUCUAAAGAAUACCACACUUCAUGAGAGAGAAAUAGAUCAGAACUCAUUGGACCUAGUCCAACUUCGGCGUGGCUUUGCCACAGUUCUCCUCUAUUCAGAGACGUUCCGCGGGCAACAUAUCCACGAUAGCUUAAGUCCAAUUUACGAAGAGCUACUUAGACUGUCAGCCAAUGUUCUACGUCAUACAGACUCUACAGAAAGUCCAUCUCCUCUAACUUCCGUACUAUUCGAGAAAAGACCGGAGCAUCCAGCCUUCAAUCUCGCUUCUGCAAUCACCGAACCAUUAUUCUGGACAGGAAUUCGCUGUCGCGAACCCAUAAUUCGCCGCAAAGCCUUACGGUUGCUACAGCUGUAUCCCCGUCGCGAGGGAAUUUGCGAGGGCAUGCUCGCAGACAAGAUCGUACGGACAGUUAUUAGUAUUGAGGAAAGUAACUGUCCUCGAAGCAUAGAAUAUCGCCAAUCAAUAUCCAAUUCGUCAUCAUUAUCAUCUCAACCUUCCUCAUCAUCGCCAUCCUCAUCCGCCUCGUCACCUUCAACCAAUGCAACAUCUGAAUAUCUCACCCUAGACCACCUUUGUUCAAUCCAAAACUUUGCCUCUCCAGCAAUGUCUUUGGGUGGAGAUAAAGCUGCGGAUUUGAGCCCAUGCUCCGAGGAAGGGCAAUGGGUUUGCGAGAAACAUCGAGUCGCCCAUUUUCAAUACAUUCUCUUUACCGAACGUCAGCUGAAGGUUGUCAUGUGGACGGUGGAGGAUCUUCAGUUGGGAAGAGACGGGAGAUCGCUUAUUUCCUCAUGGUGGUGA